UUAAAUUUUCCCAAGGCACGACAGACGGCUGUUUAAAGCAGAAGACAACGACCAAAGCUACCUUGGUGAAUUUACGAUGAAUACGACCGGCAGACAUACUUGUUACCCCCUGAAAAAUGCGGUUAUCUGUCCAAACAUACCGGCUGGAAAACUAAAGCCUUUGGGAGACACUGCCAAUGUCUGCUUACAAGAAAUUGCGAGGCCCCCUACGCCACCAGUGGUAAGGAAAUUUCGCAACAGCACCCAACCAAAACCAGGAGCUAUCCGAGUGCACCAAGGGAAGGCAAAUGAUCCAGAUGUGGCAAGCACCCUUGUCCACGGCAUCAGCACCAAAUCUUGCCUCAGUGGCAGCAGCUUGAUAAAUCCACCCCAAAAGACCUUGUUCCAAGAGAAAUUGCAAGAGCUCAGUGAGACAGGUUACACCUCUAAUAAAAAAGCACCAUUGGGGAGGUCAGACGUUUCUCUUGUUGGACUUCCCAGCUGGUAUAACAACGAAACUACAUUUGGUGUGAAAAUAGUAAAAGGGCCAGAUGUGAGAGAGAUAAUUCACCCUUCAACAACAACUGAGGAGGUGGAGGAGAAAGCUCAGGCGGGACAUGAGUCCUACAUACGGAGCCACAACGCCUAUUUUGUCGGUGAGAGGAUCGAUAGGAACUAUGACUGGAGUCGCUACAGCAAAGACAGUAGGUUCGGGAUCCUCACACCUCAUUUCAAAGACGGAAGGGAUACUUGCAAAACUCUUCGCUGGCUGGGGGAGUCACAGAAGUUUUACAAUCCAACGACUGUUUGGAUGAGAUCUGGAAACAGGGAAAAGAUGAUGGCAGCACUUGGGCAAACAAACAAAAUGGAAGGAAAAAGCUCGAGUGCACCACCAGAUCAACCCCAUGGAAACCUCAUACCAGUGGAUGAAAUAGGAGUUGGAGAGUUGAUCCACUCGGCAGAGCCUGGCCAGUACACGAGAGGCCGAGAUCGACAGCGCAGCUUGGUCAACGCAGUGCGAAACCACCUCAAGACAGCCAACUUCCAAAAAUUCCCCUCCCUGCUGGAGGCGUUUAGUCAUUAUGACAGGAAAGGCAAAGGGAUGAUUGACAAAGAGGACCUGCAGGCAGUGUGCAGUCAGUUCCAGUUGGGUGUGAGUGAGCCGGUUAUAGAUGACCUGAUGGACUACUGCGACCUAGACAGAGAUGGACAAAUCAACUUCCUGGAGUUUGCAAAUUUCCUCAACUGGAAGGACACGAUGCCUAUCAAAAGUCAUGGACAAUUCUACAAGACAAAUGAGCGUCAGACCAGCUGGGCUCCAGCAAACAUAGAGAGGAAGACGUCAUCAGAAUCAGCACAGCCUUCUUCCUCUGAGGUCUUGGUUAAGCCUGAGGACCUGGAGCCUGUCCAGCCAGGAACCUCACUUAAGACCCUCAAGACUCUGAGGCGACCCAGGGUAGUCACAGAACACUUUAGGACGUCCUCCUCCCUCAUCGGGUCUUCCAGUGAUGGCCGGUUGGCAUCAAGCAGCCGUACCUAUGGGCUCCCGUCCAUGCGCUCCGACCUUCCUGCUCCCCGCAUAAAAAGAGUUAGUGAUACGACCAACUACGGUGACACAUCCACUGCCAGAGAUCUCCUUUAUCCAUCAGUUCAUGCCAGUCAGGGUGUUUAUGAGGAGCACCUUGUCUGUCCUCGCACAAAAACAGAGAUCGCAGAGAUUUUCAAGAAUGUGGGUGUGACUUUGUCUGAGGAGACGUUUGAAGAGGCCUGGAAGCUGGCGUCCAUGAAGCAUCCUUCAGGGGAGGUUUGUGUUGAGGACUUCCAUAACGUACUCAAAGAAAUAAAAGCAAUGUGAUGCUCAAUAGGUGUUGACCAGCACAGUGUUUCCUCCACACAGUUAAUAUUUCAGUCCAGACAAUAUCCGCUUCAU